CUGAACUUGAUGUGCUACACUCUCGAUCGAUAGCAGCACUGCUAGACCUUCAUCUACCAUGUCAUCAACGACGCCCCGAAUCGUACGGACGGCCCUUCGCUCGGCGUCGUCCGUCAAACCUCGACGACUCGCUCUCCGCCAUGCCUCGAGCUCGACAUCUCCAGCAUCCACAUCCUCUGGAGACCUCUUGCUCGACAUCCUCCCCCCACGCAUUCAACCUCUCAUCUCCAAAUCUUCCGCCAAACGUCUCCUCCUGCCCCAAUCGUCCAAGAUCCCCUCUACCCAAUCUCAAUCCGGCAACGAACUCCCUCCUCCCAACGCACCCAAACAUGUACAGAUCAACCAUCCUACCAGGUUGUUCCAGCCGCCUUCCGGUCAGCUGAGACAAGAGUUGUUGGGAGGAUUCACGGAGGCUCAAAACAAGGAGGCGGUCUUGAGUACUCUGACGGGGAUGAGCACGGACGAGAUUAGGGGGUUGAACAGGUAUACGGUGAUUAUCAAGCGGGUAGUCAACAUGACCAAGAAGGGUAAAAUGCCCUCCCUCUUCGCAAUGGUAGUAGUAGGCUCCCCCUCCCGUGGCCUGGUCGGAAUAGGUAGAGGUCGAGGCGACGCAGCCCCGGUCGCCAUGGAUUCCGCUUUUCAACGAGCCGUCUUGAGUAUGGACCACGUGGACAAGUUUGAGGGGAGGACGCUCUGGGGAGCAGGAAAAGAUCUGAGGAGCAAGUGGGGUAGUACAGAGGUCAUCAUGAGGGGGAGACCGGCUGGAUUCGGACUGGCGGUACCCCCUACCCUGCAUCGACUCUUGACGGCCUGCGGAAUUCGAGAUUGCUCAGCGACCAUCAAGGGGUCGAGGAACCCUAUGCAGACGCUCAAGGCGGCCAUUCAGAUUUUGCACGGAGGGUCCGGCGCUCCAGGAUUCGGGGACGGGACGGGUAAAAAGGGUCAGAGGAAGAACAAGGGCGUCGGGAUGAGGGGCAAAGAGGCGAUCGAGCGGGAACGUGGGAGGUUUGGGGUCGAGGUGGGGAGGAGGUUGUGAGCAUCCUAGAGGGGUUAUAUAUCAUGGCAUAACUCAUUUCGAGGACCGACGAGAAGUGGGUGUGAGACGCGUGUGAGAGAGAGAGAGAAAGACAGUUGGUGCUAGGUUGGGUCGAGCCGGAUACCACCGAACAGGACGACUGAUCUCGAACGGAUGCCAUCGAUGAGUAUCAUGAAAGAUCUGACCGUUAUCUUACUUGACAAUCGAUGCAGUCCAGGCUCAUCGUUCGCGGGCGCUGCGAAAGAUGACCAGGAAAGCUGAAGAAUAAAAA